UUCCAUUUCCGCAUCAUGAUAGUGACAUAUGUGUAUAUGCUUCUAUUUUUCCCAGUUCAGUCAUAUAAUACUGCAUCUGCACAUGUUUCCGUCUUCUUAUUGUUCAUUUCAGUUUCAAGAGGAGGAGCAGUAUUUUUUUAGCUUGCUCAAAUUAGUAGAUUGUUGUUCAACGAAUGGGUGGGAUACAAAAUGAAAGGGGGGCAGUAAGUUCAGUACAUCCCAAUAUUACAAUGUACCAAACUAAUAGGGAAGUCAUGCCACAAUUUAUUAUUACAGAAGUAUUGAGUGAUUGUGUUCACAUCUGUGUCAAUAUCAUAUCGGAGUAACACCAAAAUAAAUACGCCUGAACAUGAAGGAAGACUAAAGUGUUGCUCCUCUUUCUUCAAACAUAUAAUCUGGUAUCUUCGUAAUUGUGAUGCACUGCAGUUUCACCUUCUAUGAGUACUGCUACCUCCUUUCCGGUUAUAAGGCUUGCGUGUAUCUCUAGGUUGACAAAUGGACCAACGUAAUACAAGUUAUAUCGUAAAAAAUAUAUCAUUAGAAACUUCAAAUCGUAUACUUUCUAAUGGUAUUAAUUUUAGACUAUAUAAUUCAUCUUAUGUUGGUCAAAUUAUAAAUCAAGGGAUACGCACAAGCCUUAUAGACCGGAAAUGAGGCAGUAGCAUUCUAGUGGCAAGAAAGUCAUCUUCCAUCAUGCCCCCUAGCCUUGUCUUAAUGAUCUUUGAACGGGAAAGCACUCGUUCAACUUUUGGUAUUGAAACCCAUAGACCAUAGUAACAAGCAAACAAAGCAUCUACCAAUCAAGUACAUAUGUGAAUGUGCAAGUAUGUUACAAACAUUCUUAUUCCACUCUUCCACUGAAUGAAUAUUUCGUGUAAUCUUAUGUGAGAAGUAUUUGCUGAGUUUGACAUGGGAAUUAUUUAUGUAAAUCUUUUACUUCUGGAAGGAGAAUGUACGAUGCUGUCUUUCAGAUCUUUCAAAGCAGCAGCUCUUUGGAGCUAACCAUUGCAAGUUUCCAUCUCUUAAUGGAGCUGGGCAAGCAAUAUCCAAGAGUAUAUUUGACAAAUUCUGGUUCCCAUCCAACUCUAGUUAUAGUUAAAGAGUCAUGGUCACCAUUUCUCCUUGGCAACAAUGUAGCUUCUGGUGAGCUUGGGAGAAACACCAGUCGCUCAGAUCACCUCUUUGAUUCUUUGAGAUUUUCUUUGUUGACCGAAGCUAUGGUUGAAGCAUCGAAUGACACAGGUGCUAAUAAUGGGCUUAAGGUAAAUCCCUGAUGGUCUCUAACUCCAGAGAAUAUUGGAAAAGUCCACUUCUCAAACUUAAACUCCCAUGAAUGUCCACUUUUAAGUCACAAACUCAACUGUCUGAGUUGCGACUUGAACUAUCCUGUCCAUUUUUCAAUCACAGGUGGUUUCAGUUGACGCAGAUGCCACAUGUACGCACAUCAGUACCAUGUCACUACCAUGUCACUACC